CCUCCUUCUAGCCUGUCUUUCAGGCAUUUAUUUUGGAAAAUCUAGAAAGAUAAGUUAUGCGAUGGUCUGGCUUGGCAGUCACCUUAAAGGCUGAAGGGGGACAGUACUGCUGCUGUGAUGGCAUUUCGCUCCAGGUCGCUGCUGGUGCCGAGCCUCCACCUUGCCCUGCCUACGCUCCUUUCUGCAGGUAGUCUUUGGCAAGAGCCCCACCCUCACCUCUCCUUGGAGCACGAGUGGGAGUUGCUGUUGUUUGAAGCUGCCAGGAGCCCAAUGCACAACUACAGAAAAUAAAUGUGCUAUGAACUGAUUGAUUUAUCUGCAUUUUCUAGCCCGGCAAUUAAUUCUGCUUUUGGGAGGCAGAACCAAAGCAGCAAGCAGGCUGUGAAGCUGGAUCGGGGCUGAUAAUGCGUUCCUCCCUCCAUGGCCCUGUGGUAGCACGCAGAGCAGCUUGUUAAGGAAUCAUCUCCCCCGGGAUCUGCCGGCCCCAGCGAGGAUCAGCCCCGGCUGCACCGCGGCAGAGCCGAGCCCGGCGGCGCCUGGACAGAGCGGGGACCCCGAGACAAGCAGAGCAAAUACAGAAACAAUCUCCAGAGAUGUUCUGCAGAUAUUUUUCCUUCUUUUGUCUGUGUCUUUUCCUUCCAACCCAAAGGAGGUGCUCCCUGGGCCAUGGAUCCCUCUUGCACGGCAGGGACACAGCAUCGCUCCCCGGAUUUGAGAACCUCACCACGGGGUACAACAAAUACCUCCGGCCCUACUUUGGUGGAGAACCUGUACAGAUUGCAGUGAGUCUGGACAUCGCAAGUAUUUCUAGUAUAUCUGAGAGUGACAUGGAUUACACAGCCACCAUCUCCCUGCGGCAGCGCUGGACAGACCCACGGCUGGUCUUCCAUGGCAACGAGAGCUUCACGCUGGACGCUCGCCUGGUGGAAUUGCUCUGGGUGCCCGACACCUACAUCGUGGAAUCCAAAAGGUCCUUCCUGCACGACGUCACCGUGGGCAACCGCCUCAUCAGGCUGUUCUCUAAUGGCACUGUCCUGUAUGCCUUAAGAAUCACUACUACUGUUGCCUGUAACAUGGACCUGUCAAAAUACCCUAUGGACACACAAACAUGCCGACUGCAGCUAGAAAGCUGGGGCUACAAUGAAAAUGAUGUCACCUUCACCUGGCUGAGAGGAAAUGACUCCGUCCACGGCAUCGAGAAGCUGCGGCUCUCUCAGUACACGGUGGAACACUACCACACCCUGGUCUCGAAGUCACAGCAGGAGACAGGCAGUUACCCACGACUGAUAUUACAGUUUGAACUGAGAAGAAAUGUCCUUUACUUCAUUCUGGAGACCUACAUACCUUCCACUCUGCUUGUCAUGUUGUCCUGGGUUUCUUUUUGGAUCACACUGGACUCAGUGCCUGCAAGAACCUGCAUUGGAGUUACAACAGUGCUUUCUAUGACAACUCUGAUGAUCGGCUCACGAAGUUCACUUUCGAAAACCAACUGUUUCAUUAAGGCCAUUGAUGUUUAUCUUGGCAUCUGCUUCAGCUUCAUCUUUGGUGCCCUUGUGGAAUAUGCAGUGGCUCACUACAGCUCAUCACAGAAGUGUGCAGCUAAAGUACCAGAAGAGGGGCCUGCAAAUGAAUUAACUGAAGAAAUGGAAGAAGUUAACAUCACCAACAUCCUCAACAAUUCCAUCACCAGCUAUAAACAGAAAAUCAGCUUCGCAAGCAUUGAGAUUUCCAGCGAUAAUGUUAACUGCAGUGACUUGACCAUGAAAAGUCAUGAGAAAAUCAAAUGUGUCUUGAGAAACAAAAUGCACAGGAUUAUUGGUUAUUUCACAAUUCAGAACCCUGGCAAUGUGGACCACUACUCAAAAUUGCUUUUCCCUUUGUUUUUCAUGCUGGUCAAUGUGUUUUAUUGGGCUUAUUAUCUGUACUUUUAGUAGAAAUUAAUUGCUUCAUUCUACUUCAGCAGGAGAGGAAUUGUGCCAGUGGGCAUCCAGGUACCUAACCUCAGUGGAUUCAGUGUGGACAAAAAACUUCCUUGUGUUUCCUGAGGUACCCAGCAGAAGAGUGUGUGAGGUGUGCAUGCAAGUCCUUGGUGUGUCAGCAUCAGUAGCACUGACUCUGACAGCAGCCUGUUCAGCUGAGUGGCUGUGCUGGGCUCUUCUGCUCAUAGCUGCAUUUCAUUCCACACCUCACCUGGCUGGAGAAGGGUGUGCAGGACUGAACAUGGCAGCUACAGAGCACUACAGGCAGCAAAAUUAUUUUGGUAGCUUGGAGCAGGUUGGAACCUUCGAGUUUAGAUGUCCCAGAGGACGUAUAGGAUCAUAGCUGUUAUUCUUUGUUUGCCAGAGAUAACAAAGGGACUGUGAUUACUGCCUCAAUAGCUGCUCUGUUGCAGUGAGAGAGCCCUGAGGCAGCAGCAGGAGCGCAGUGCAGCGCAGCACAGAGGGAUGCUCCUGUGCAUGGUGCUGCUUUGUCCCAGGUGAUGCAGUGCCAGGCCGGUGAUUCAGUACUGCACAGUGGUGCCCCAUUGCUUUUAACAUCUGUCACUCCUUGAGGUAAUCCUCACUUGCUGAAGUUCUCCAUCCCUGAGACAGAUGGAGGGCUUGUUGUUGGUAGAGCUGCAUUUUUUCAGAGAUUUGGGAACGUGAAAUAGAGGCAGCAAAAUCGUUUUGUAACCCAUCUCUUACACUCUUCCUGCUGUGCUGCAGUUGAACAGAUUCUACCACUUUCCAUGUCUUCCUCACAAAUUAUUUUUUGUCCUGGAGCAUGUUUCCUUCAGCUUUCACUGCUACAAGCAGCGCUCACUUCUUGCACAACUGGCCCAUUUGUCAUCCCCUCUUUUAUGUGGCUGUGCAGCUGUGGCAAGUCAGCAGUGCUGCUGGGUGAAAAACGUGUGGGUUGGGGUAGGCUAGUCUAAAUCAGCCUUUCACUCUCUAUUUAAGGCUGUAACACUGUUACUUUUUUUAAAAAAUUAGUAUUCUAAGUGGUCUCUGGAAACUGCCCAAAGUCAGCUUUGUUUAUCCUGCAGUUAGCAGGAGCCAGAGUUUUCUUUUAAAGAUAAAUUAAAUGUGGCACAGUUACAUUAAAGAACCAAAUGCCAUUUGGUACUGUGUAGCUCAAGGGAUACUGGGAGUCUUUAUUUCCUGAUUGUAAAAUAAAUGGUUUAUGGCAGGUUCCCCUACCCCACCACCCUUUUUUUGCCUAUGCUACUUUCAUGAGAGGGGGCAGUCCUGCAGUUAUGUGGGCAGAACUGGAAUUGCCUGCUGUGGCUCCAUUCAGCUGAGUUCUGGCUGAGUGAGGCCUCUCAGUCUGUAGCUUAUGUUACAGUCUCAGCACGCAGUGUUUGCUUAGCUUAAGAAUCUCUUCUUGGGGUUCCUAUAGAAGGUGAGCAGAGCACAUGAAACUAUAGAUUUUUUACUUUAAUAACUUUUUAUUGAACCACUUCACCAUGCUAUACUGUGAGGGAUCUAACCCACGUAUUCAUAAAUCAUACCUUUUACAAAGAGCAGCACAAGAAGACAAAGGGGAACAGACUGACAAUGGCAAGUGGAUAAACACAAACUCCAAUAAUGAAGUGUUGGCUUGUAUAUACUGGCAUUUAAAGUCCAUUCCAUAAAAAUGUAAUAAAGUGAAUGUUUGUGAUAUGAA